AUGUCGAAGGCCUUAGUUACCGUUGCUAUAUUGGUGAUUAUUGCAGCAGCAAACAUGCUUAUAGUUCCUGUGCAGGCUCAACAAGGUGGUGGUGACAAGCCAAUUUUAAUUCCAACAACCGUGACUGUUGAAAAUCAUAUUGGUCAAUCUGUUAAUGUCCAUUGUUGGUCAUCAGAAGAUGAUGUUGGCCAACAUAACUUAGGCGACGGACAAAAUUUUUCUUGGUCCUUCAAAGUUAACUUUUGGGAGACUACUAAGUUUGUAUGCACUCUGAAAUGGAAUAACAUGGAAAAAACCGUAACGAUUUAUCGGGCUAGAGAUGAUAAGCCCCUGUGCGCACGAAAGUGCCUUCAACAUAUUAGACCAGAUGGACUCUAUUUUUACCACGAGUACGAAGUGAAAUUGGAGAAAAGAUAUACAUGGUAA